UCCGAAAUUCCAUCUACCACUACUCCAUCUUGGAUCUUGUCUUUCCGUUUUGUAUAUUUGCGAAGGUGCGUCGUAUUUGCAUUCUUCUUUGAAUUUAAAAAGAUGCCGUCUGUAACAUUAAAAGACGUUGAUCAGCAUAAAUUUGUGAAAGCUUUUGCAGCUUUCCUUAAAAAAACAGGUAAAAUGCGUGUCCCAGAAUGGGUGGAUAUUGUAAAAUCAGCUCGUUUCAAGGAAUUAGCUCCAUAUGAUCCAGACUGGUAUUACAUACGUUGUGCAGCAUUAGUCCGUCAUAUUUAUAUUCGUAGUCCUAUUGGUGUUGGAGCAGUUACUAAAAUUUUUGGUGGUCGUAAACGAAAUGGGACUCAUCCUAGUCAUUUCUGUCGAUCUGCUGGUGGUGUUGCUCGUAAAGCGCUUCAAACUUUAGAACAAUUAAAACUUAUUGAAAAAGCUCCACUUGGUGGACGUAAGCUUACAAGUCAAGGGCGUAGAGAUUUGGAUCGUAUUGCUGCACAAGUUAAAGCAAAGAGCAAAAAACAAUUAAAACUUCAAGAAACUCUUGUUCUUUAAUCAUUUUCAAUAAAAUUUAAAAUUAC